AUGGAUCAUUCAACGACGGUACAUGAAAAUGCAGUUGCGCCAAGUCCAGUCGUUCCGACGUCUCGUCCCGGUCUCUCGAGGAAGAAACGAGGCAUGACGCCAAUCCUGGCAUCGAAGCAGGACAAUACGACUGCCAUAUGCACUGGAGAGGCACAACUCCCAGAAAGGCUAUCGGCCAAUUCGAUAGAGGACCAAGCCUCCGUGAAACUCUUACGGCAUUCUCGAUCCCGAAAUAUGCUCUCACAAGCACUACCGUCAGUAGGAGCUCUCGAGGCUUUCAAAGCCAGCCAUCGCCGUCUGUGGCAAGUCGUCCAGCGUCAGAAGAAAGAUUCCCAUGGCACCAAGACUGUUUCGAUGUCUCCACAACCGAAGUCGACUCGGCAAGCUAGUCAAGAUGACAGCGACCACGAUUCUAUACAACGCAAAUCUGCCCAUAACAUCAAAGAUAUCGAUCAGUUGUGGUUUGAGCAUACCGUCAAGGAGAAAGAAUAUCAAGACAGUAAUAGCAACCGGAUCGCGUCACUCGACUUUGGGGAUUUUGGGGAUUUCGUCACUACCAUGCUGACACCGCUUUCUGGUGAUUCACCCUCUUCCCAACCCGCAGCUCUUUCUGGUGACGAAAAGACGGCUCUACUUCCUUGUGUGGGAGAACAGCCGCCUGACAAAGAAGGUAUAGUUGGUUUUGUUAGUAUACAUGAUGAAGGCAGUAACAUCAACGGCGGAUCUUCGGCAACUGCUCUUACCUCUGAAGAUGCGGACCAUAGUUCUUCUGUGCAAGACAGUCUCCUAGAAGGGGACAAUGUUAGGACAUUGGCUUCCCCGUUGCGUUCAAUAGAUGCGGGACAAGGUGGUGAGCAGGAACAAGUAAAUAUCGUCAAGAAACCAGGCACCGUCAUCAGCAGCAGAAGCUCCACACUUGGCUUGACGACCACUAUUCAGGCAUCCCCAAUUUCGAUAGAGGGACAUACCAACAUUUUCCCUAACUCUGGAAUUCCAUCUCCCUCAAGCUUUCCCAGAAAAGCUGCCCUCAGUCCGCUUAACAAAGCCCGACAAGCCCCAGGAGUUGUUAUUCCUCCUUUUUCCUUGGAAGGCUUCUCGUCCACAAAUACAGAGCUUAUUAGCGAAAGCAAAAGAUAUUCGACCGGCACAUUGUCGUUAAGCGCCGUGUGCAAGAUUCCAAGCCCUCCGAGGCCCAUAUCGUCUUCACCAAAACAACUGGAGAGGUUGGGAGAAAAGGUUUCAACACACGGAGUACAUCAGAGUUAUCCCAAGAAUAAGAACAUUCCUUCACUCGCAUCUUCGUCCUUUGGCUCUAUUCCGACGUUUCCUUUGCCGCCACCUAUGAAGCCCCUGCCUCAACUGCCAGGAUUUUCCCUAGCUGGCGAAAUCAACCAAGGCCCAAGUGUAAGUUACAGAAAACUGACUCCACGAGGAAGCACGGAUUCCUCAUGUACGCAGCGCUCCUUGGGUCCCAGUCAGCCAGAUGUUUUGCGAGGUUCCGGUUCUACCAAUCUCCGGACUCUCAGAACCGAGUCAACUGCUCCUCUUCGGACUACUUCAGAGUCAACUGUCACAUCAGCGAUACCCGCCAAUGUAUCAGGCCUAGAGUCUUCCGAUAAAUAUCUCACAGAGCGAAAAUGUGGAGGGUAUACUGGACCAGCCCACUCAGUUCCUCUAAAAGAUACGGCAAAAACCCGUCCUGUCAACAAUCACGCAUCUCCGGCACUGGCUGAGUGGCUGAUAUUUCCACCGUCACAGUUUCCUCGGAGCCGUGUAACACGACCUGUCAGACAGCAUAGUGCUAGACGAACAGCUGAAAUUAGUAAGAAAGCCAUGAGGGAUGCUGCCAAUUCAACUUCGCUUCCUUCUCGAUCAUCGUUACCGUCAACACUCCCUGUCAUGCCGGAUUGCGCUGUGACUGCUGGUGCAGUUCGAGUUGGCGCCCAACAUACUGUGGAUGUCUGCAAGGGAACGGUACCUAAAAUGCCAAAGCCUGGCAGGUUUUACAGGAAUAAUGUUAUUCCCUCAGGUACUGAAAUUCAGGCCACAGAAGUACGCCCUCGUUUUUACAUGUCGUCGGACAGACUGCAAAAGAGACGACAAGUUCAGAUUCCGCUUGAAAUCGACUGCAAUCACGGAUCGCGUACGGAACAAGCAACGUCCAAUUACCUUUCCCCUUUAUCUUGCCAGUCCCACAAUUCUCGCAAUCAAAGAAGUUCAGCGCUUCAAUAUCAUCCAUCCCAGCGAGUGACUCGUUCGAGAAAUAAUUCCCAGAAGACCCAGCUAGCCCGGGUGUUGCGCGAGCUCGAAUCCCGUGUCGCCCAGCUGGAACAGCAGAACAGGAUCCUCGAAGCUGCACUAUUUUCCAGGCCUAGUGCUGCCCCCAACCCUGAAGGCAAGAAUCAGCGUUGUUGUUAA